CUUGGGUUCUCGGGAUAGCAGAGAAAUGGCACGAACAAAGCAGACGGCGCGGAAGCCCAUUGGCGGCAAAGCACCUCGCAAACAACUGGCUACCAAAGUAGCUCGGAAGAGCGCGCCAGCCACGGGGGGCGUGAAGAAGCCGCACAGGUGCUGGCCGGACACUAUAGCACUGCGCGAGAUUCGUCACUACUGGAAGUCCCCAGAACUUCUGAUUGGUAAGUUACCCUUCCAGCGCCUGGUCCGGGAGAUUGCGCAGGACUUUAAGAUGGACCUGCGUUUCCAGAGCUCGGCUGUAAGGGCACUGCAGAAAGUCUGUGAGGCAUACCUGGUGGGUCUUUUUGAAGACACCAACCUAUGUGCCAUCCAUGCCAACCGUGUCACUAUUAUGCCCAAGGAUAUUCAGCUGGCACGCCAUAUCCACGGAAAAUGUGCCUAAACUGCGCAAGCAGC